AUGUCGCUGAUACCGGAUGAGAUUCUACCUGACAUUCUUUGUCGGUUGCCUGUCAAGUGUCUGCUCCGUUUAAGGUGUGUAUCUAAAUUCUGGCUUGCCCUAAUCAGUAGCUCCCAUUUCGUUAAGUUGCAUCUGAGCCGAUCAGUUCAAACCAAGAACAACCUACGUAUUUUUAUGUGGAAAGACAAUAUUUAUCGGGUGGAUUUUGAUCCCCUUAACGAAGGAUUUCUUCCACCGGUGGCAGUCGAUUACCUUCCGUUGAGUUGUCUUGUGAUGUCUUUGAUUAUGGAAAUGCGCUUUGCGGAUUAUGAUGGUGGAAUUUUGCUUUGCGGGUCCUGUGAUGGCUUACUCUGCCUGUCAAAUACCAUUUCCAUUAACACUGUCUUAUUAUGGAAUCCAUCAACGGGAAAAUCUAUAAAAUUGCCUUACCCAUCAGUUGAUCUCCGAGAUAAGUAUGAAAUUAUAUACAACUGUACUUAUCAAUUUGGCUACGAUAACACCAAUGAUGAUUACAAGGUUGUGAGAAUGGUGUUAUAUUCAAACAUUUUAAGAGUAGGCAGUCACGAUUAUGAGCUGAAUGUUUAUAGUUUGAAAUCAAAUUUGUGGCAUAAGUCAGAGGCGUUUCCUCACUGUCUAAGGUCGGAGCUUCGGAGAUUCAAUAUUCAAUUGGUUAUGCGAGAGAUCGCCAGUAUGGCUAUUGAAAGACAUAGAUUGAGACGACUAAAGGUGAGAUUUGAAAAGGAUGGAUGUUCUGGAGUUCUGAAGAAAAUUGAUGAAGAAACAGAUCAAAUAAUAGACCGAGUUCAGGGUCAGUCUUCUAGAGAGAGGGAGUCCAGUGAGCACUUGGCAAUGGGUCAAUCUUCAGCCAACAACUCUCUAACAUCAACAUCCGAGUCGUUCACUAAAUUUGAAUGGCAGUGA